UCUACCCAAGGACAAGAUCAAAACUUUGAGUUGCUUUGAUAUUAAAAUGGCCGAUGUCUCAAGUAAUGAUCGGAAAACAAAGCUUGUAAAGCUUAAUAAAAACGGUAAAGUUGUAAAAAGGCGUUCACGGAAUCCAGAAGAAUGGCACAAACAAAAACAGAAACGUUUAAGAAUUGCGGGCUUAGAAUACAUAAAUGCAAACGGAAAAGUUGUACCGCCAAAGAAACCAGGACCUGAUUGCAAUUGUAGGCGAAAAUGCUAUCAAAGGGUCCCCGAAGAUGUUCGGCUGAAAACAUUUCAAGGUUUCUAUUCAAUGAAAACUCAUGAUGAACAAAAUGCUUAUUUAUUUGGCCUUAUGAGACAAGUGGAUGUUAAAAGAAAAAGGGUUAAAACAAGCAGCCGACGGACUUGUACCUUUGAGUACUUUGUCAGAGUGAAAGGAAGAGAAACACAAGUUUGUCAAACAGCUUUCAAAAAUAUACAUGCAAUAACUGAGAGAAAAGUAAGAGUGCUUUGUAAAAAAAUGGAUGAUGGUGUUAUGUUUCCUAGUGAUAAUCGAGGUAAAAACAGUCAUCGGAGAUCUGGAGAAGUACGACUACCAAAUGGUGUAGUUGAGGAAAUCAAGAAUCAUAUUUAUUCUAUUGUCCAUACGCACAGACUAAAAGAUUUCAUUAGAUUAGAUAAGAUUGCUGGUUUAGAAAUCAAUAUAUCAAAAAUGUGGAAAGACUAUAUUAAAACAUUUGAUCCAGAUAAUAUAACGGCCACUAUGCCAAAAUCAAAAAGAAAUAUGGAAAUUGCUUUACCAAAUGAACAACCACCAGUUUUACACCAACCAGAGGCCUUUGCUAAUAUUGCCCCAUAUCCAGGCAGUGGUCAUCUUGUUAACAUAGCUGAGAAUUACUUUCAGAACCAGUACCAGACAACUGCUUUAACAACAACAGCAACACAGGCUAAUUUUUAUCAACCACAAAAUAACACUCAUGGCAUGGGUAUUAUUGUCCAAUCUACCAGCCUAGCAAGACCAGUCCAACCCACUGCCUUUAUUGUUGUCCAAACAAAAUCUGAGCCCCAACCUGAGGCUACUUUAGCUAUAAGUGAUAUAUCAUACAAUCAAAAUGCAAAUAUUAUUCAAGAGGUGGUAUCCAAACCAGAGAAGAAAGUUAAAAAAGAAAGGAAAAAGGGUCCUCUGGUGAAACAAUGGAGGUAUUCCAAUAUAUUUCAUGAUGAAAUCAAUGGUGCUGCACUUGCUGCAAUAAAGACUAGGCUCGGUAUGUACUACGCUGAGAGUGAUGCAGCCAGGAAGAAAGCCAAGCAGGCUCGACCACCAGACAUGGUACAAACCAAUCAAAUUCCACAGGAACAGGUUAGACCAACACACACACUCACCUUAUACACUUGAAACAUAGUUUUAACUCGAUAUUUAAACUUAUGCCUUCAGUCAUGCUAAGAUUAGAAUUAUGGUAAACUUUUACAUUUACUAUGAACAUUAAUAAUCUUAGUGUAGUCAUUAUCUUACAAUAUAGUUUUAAAUUAUUUAAACUCAUAC